AUGGAAUCGUCAAAAACUAACACCAUCGCCACCUUACUAGACCAGUACCGAAUUACAGAGUUCUGUUUGAAGCGAGCCUGGGAUCAAGUCAUCUUGUUACAGAACCGACUGUUCGAUCUGAAGAUCAGAUACGACCGAGCCAAGUCUAGUGGUCAGAGAGCUUACCAAUAUUCCUUCAAACAACGUAAAACCAUCAUCGAGAAGACAUUGAAGAUGUAUGCCACCUAUACUGAAUUCAAGGCCGAUAACCUCUUCCAACUGCGUAUCUGGUUGAUGAUGCUGGAUUAUAAUUUUGAAGCUGAAGAAGUCGAGUAUGACGAAGUUGAUGAAGAUGAGGAAUAUGAGGAUAUGGUAGAACACGAGUAUAUGUUUGUCGAAGAUGAUUAUUAUAUUGACGAUGAUGAGCUGGUGACAGCCUUGUGA